CUCCGAGCCCUCUCAUAUUUUAGCACGAGUGGCUUACAAACUGCUCCAUUUUUGAACUUCUCUCCCCCCUCCUCUCUCUUUCUCUCUCUGAAGGUGGGGACAGAGAGCUAUAAGCUUUGCGCUGCAAACAUCAUUAGGAGGGGAGACGCUUUCCACCGUCAGCGCCGGAGCAGAGCUGGGGAGCCCUGGCAACAAGGAGAGACACAAACUCAGCAACCGGUUACACCCUACAGUUCAUUCUUCUCCCACCAUUUACAAAACAACUUAAACUGAAGUGAAGGAGAAGCCAGCAAUUAAAAAACAAGAAGAUUCAAGGCCCCCCUUCCAGCAUAUUCCCCUUAUCCCUGUGUUGGGAUCUAAGGGGGCCGAUCAAAGCCGGGCUCCCUGCGACUUCUGCGUCUCCAGGCCCUCUGCACUAACGCAGCUCGACUGAGGGAUGCUGAGUAAUUCCCUCAGGUGGCAGCUUGUGCUCUGAUGUUCCGCGUUCGCACACUCUGUCAGUCUCACUUACACAUGGUAGCUCCCCACACUCGUGUGUGUUCACAGGGAAUGGUGACAGCACCUACAGACAGACAGACGUGGACAGACAGCGCAGGCACCAGGAACGCUUCCCUCCCAUUGGUGGAGAGAUCCAGACUUCGCACCAGGAACUGCAGCUCCAGUCGGUUGUCAGCUCUCAACUGAGCAGCAGGCUUCACCUACUCCGCCAAAGUAGCUCUGCCUCCUCUGCUCAGGGAGUGCGGAGUCCUUGAGUCAACACACUGCAUUCUUGGAUAGUCUGGAACCCUCUCCAUGGGCAGUACCACCUGCUGACAAACCAGGGGGGUCUGGAGGAGUUGUGUUGAAUGAGGAUUGUGCUGGGUAUUGGCGGGCUUGCUUUUGCAAGGAAAUGAUUCCGCAUGAAGUGCGACGCACUCGGCCCCCUGUCGUCCUCGGCGGCAGCAGCAGGUGUGACGUCGUGACACUCUCCCCUACCACACUGAGCUCAUCCUUCAGCCGUUAAAGAUCCCUGGACCAAACAGACCGCCCUACCCCUCCCCUCUAACCACCCCUCCAUAUCUUCAUCGCCAUCUUUAAUCCUUACUCACCUGUUUGUUAGGGCCUGGAUUUUCUUUGUUAUCAGGAAAAAGACCUGAUUCAACGGCCUUGGGUGAACUGGAUAGAGAGGGAAAGAGAGAAAAGAUUGGGAAAUUUAAUUCAUAGCUAAUUAAAGUGAGACAAGGGACAGACUAUCAAAAGUGAGAAAACGAGACAGGAAAGUUCAAAACAAAGUCAGAAAGGGAGAGAAAACUAAAAGAAAGAACAAGUCCAAAAGUUAAGGAAAGAUAACAUAAGUUAAGGGACAAGAGGCAAAGUCAGAAUGAAGUCCAACCAGGAACGCAGUAAUGAAUGUCUGCCCCCAAAGAAGAGGGAGAUCCCCUCGAGCACAUUACCAUCUGAAAAUCGCUCACCCACCAUACCACCUGCCAGUGAAAGUCAGCACACAGAGAACAUGGCUUGGCUCGCCAGUGUGGCUGGUGGGAAUGAGAGUGGUGUGGGCGUGCACUGUGGCUCCAGUCAGUCUGACGGGCCCCAGUAUAAAUCCCAUUUCUCCACAUCAGACACUUCAUCCUCCUCUUCCUCACUGAGGCUAGUCUCAUCUCUUCCUACAGUGUAUACGUCCCCCCUGUCACAGUCCACAGUUGGAGGAACUGUCCAUUACACCCAACUGCCUCCCAACCUGCAGUUCAUAACCUCACCCUACACUACCCCAUACACUGGCUACAUCUCCUCUCAACUGCUUCCACCUCCUCCUCCACCUCCUCCCCUUUCCUCUGCCUCCUCUUUUACGACACAGAGACCCUCACACACAGAGACAGUCUCUGCUCCUUCACAGGCCUCCAAACAUGACCAGCAGAGAGCAUCCAUGGGGCGUACCUCCAUGCCUCCGCCUUCUACAGAUCCCGCCCCUCACCAUGUUCAAUUGUCAACCUCCCCACGGACUGUGCCGUCGCCUCAUCACCAAGGUGGCAUUCACCUUCCUCCCCAGUCACUGCAUCACCACCAUACUUUGGGUCAUGGGAUGUCCCAGGUUGUGGUGCAGUAUAUGGACGGACCCAACAGGAAAGAGGAAGGUGGCUCCAGACACAGAGAGCUCCACAAUGGAGAGCUAGAUAGGGGCCGGCGGUUUGGAACAUCACCUGACUCUAGCCUCUCCAAGCUAGGGAGCAAAUCAAGGGAUGCCACUUCUUCUUUGUCCUCUUACGAGGCCCGCCAGCUGGUUCUGCCAUCAGACUACUCUACUCGUGAUCCCUCAGGGCUGAGAACCUCUUUCAUGCUAAUGCCCAACAGCCAUGGGGACCACCAGCUGGCACCACCCAGAGCUAGCCCUGAGAAGCUGGCAACGUCUGCCCCCACACACUUGGAGAAAGGUGGCAUCAUCCUGGGCCAGCAUGUCAAUCGCACAUCAUCCAAUACCACCUCCUCUUUCACAUUUCCACCCCCAUUAAGUGUCGACAGCCUGAAAGCUGCUGUCAGCACGCUGCCACCCCAGACCGUUAUCCAGACCACCCACAACGCUACAGAGUCAAUGUCAAUGGGGCUCCCCACCACCAGUAUCUACCCUCAGCCACCUAUCAUUGGUUACAUCGCAGGGGGCAGUGGGGGCCAGCAUACGCCAAUCAGUUACCACACCAGCCUACAACAACACUUACUCAUUCCUGGCACCCAACCGGUCAUUAUCCCUGUUAGCGGAGGUGGAGUCACCACAUUGGAACCUGUAACAUCCCACGUAACAUCAUCUACCCAUGCCGCACCAUUUCCUACCACACUCCCACACACAUACAUUGCUACCACUACCCCCAAAGGAGAAACUCUGGAAACCCACAGCAGCUCGUAUCACCAGGCCACUUCAGGCACAGUGGUCCAAGCCCAGCUUCAUCUUCCCAUUGUUCCAUCGGGUCUGGUUUCUCCUUCUGCUCCUCCUCCCCCAUCCAGUACGGUGGUGCCCCCCUCACUCCCUCCAUAUUUCAUCAAGGGCUCCAUCAUCCAGCUGGCUGACGGGGAACUGAAACGAGUGGAGGACCUGAAGACAGAGGACUUCAUCCAGAGUGCCGAGAUCAGCAGUGAGCUGAAGAUUGACUCAUCCACAGUGGAGCGCAUUGAAGGGAGCAACAGCUCACCCAACUUUGCUGUGGUUCAGUUCUCUGUUGGUGAGCACCGUGCACAGGUGAGUGUUGAGGUCUUGGUCGAGUACCCCUUCUUCGUCUUCGGCCAAGGCUGGUCUUCAUGCUGCCCUGACAGAACCACCCAGCUUCUGGAGCUGCCUUGCACCAAGCUGUCUGUGGGCGAUGUUUGUAUUUCACUCACCCUCAAGAACCUGAGGAACGGAUCUCUGAAGAAGACUCAACCCCUGGAGCUGUCCACACCUGCAUCUGUCUCAGCCUCCAGCCACGGGCACGUCAAACCCCACAGAGCUGUCUCGGACGCUCCCCAAUGCUGCAGUGGAGGGGGCUCCAGGCACAGCGAGCGGGAGAAUGGCAUCAGCCAGCGAGGAAAGGGUGGAAACGGGAAUGGGAGUGGAGGGGGCGCCAAUGUGGAAAAUGGAGAUCUCAUGUUCGGGGAAAGAGGGUCAGUUUCUAAAGGUCAGGUUGCCAGCAGUGCAGAAGCUGGCUCCAGUAAGCCAUCAAGAGGCAGGAAGCGAAGAUGGUCUGCCCCCGAAGGUCGAAAAAUGGAAAAAUCAGAGGAGGAGCCACCCUUGACCCUGCCCAAACCUUCCUUCAUCCCUCAUGAGGUGAAAGUCAGCAUUGAGGGAAGGUCGAAUAUUGGCAAGUGAAGGCUAGUAGGACUGUUAAAUAACCAUUGGGAUUUGGAAAAAAAACUAAACAUAAAAGGAUUCUACAAAAAAAAACAUGAAUGCCCAUAUUAAUGUUUCAUUUGUCUUGGUUUUAAAGUUUUGUUUUCUGUUUUUAUUUUUCUAUCUUGAAUACUGUACUGUAGAGGUAAAUUUACCCUACAUGGUAUCACCUUACAUUAAGUCCAUGUAGUUUAUAACACAUUUUUUUAUAGAUGGAAUUGAUAUCACACAAGCAAUUGGUGCCGUUUUGGUGGCUUUCAUGAGAUGACUUAUGGUGAAGGAUUUGUGAAGUGUGCUAAAUGUUUAUUGGUGUCUGUGCGGCACACAGGAGCAAUGCUUGAUGGCUCUUCUUGGCUGGCUACACGUUACAAAUAAUGUAUAUUUCAAAUUGCAUUAGCUCAAACUUAGCUUCUUGACAGCGAUUUCACUCCCUGUGCACUGCUAGCCAGGCUGCCUGGACAAAAACACGUCCCCACCACCACUCAAACCAGUCAUUUUACAUGGGGCCACGGGAGUGAUAUAACAUAAGCUGAUCCUGAGCAUGAAGGAUUUGUGAGUAAAUCAUGACAUUUUUCAUUAGCUACAUACAAGUGGGAGUUGGAAUUAUUCAGCGUCAUCAGGGUGUGCCAGACCUGACAAGUGAUGCCAUCAGGUGGUGCCAGUGUGCCACACAAUAGAGAGGAACACUUACUCUGUUCAGUUUGAUGACAGUGGAGUCUUUACUUUCAUCUUGAGCAUUUUUUUUUCUUAAACCCCUCCUCUUCUAUCUCACCAGAUAGUUGUUUUCGAUGAUUGUCAAAACUUUAAUCAGGGGUCAUUUAGUCCUAGAUUGAACCUAGGUGGGUCAAUGUUAAUGUAUAAAUGUGAGAUACCCUAACCUAAUAUGUACAAGUGCAAAACACACUGGGUUGGCGAACUUCACUUUAAGAAAAUGUUAAGAGGAGGACUUCAUUCAAUCCUCAUCUUUUCUUGAUGAAUUUUUUUAAUCAAGAAAGGCUGUGUGAGGGGAACCGAGAGAAUCUGCUUGUCAGUUCUGAGAGGGUCAAGAUGUUUCAAAGCACUUAACACACCUGUCACACUCACCAUACAGCCGGCAAAUUUUUUGUUGUUUCUUUUAUUUACGCAGUACUGUAUGUAUUUAGAUUUUGUUUUAUUUAGAAGGGUAGAAAGUAACAACAGCACUUUGGAAAGGUGAAGCUUUUGGAAAAGUGAAGGGGUUGGGGGAGCGGAUGUGCCAUGGGAUCACAAAGAAAGGGAUGGUUGUGACAGGUUUUGGAGGAAAUUCCAAUCAGUAGAUGGUUAAAGAGAAAUGUAUAGUGACAGAAGGAAUUAGAAAUACAAAGGUUAUCAGCAUGUGCCCUUGUACGGCCAGCCAGCUAUGCAAAAGCUAUGGAAAAGUAUUAGAAUGUGUUGGGGAAGUUUGGGAUCUAGAAUAAGGAUUAACGAGGAAAAGGCUUUGAAUUAUCCCAGUGAUGUUCUGUACUAGACUGAGAGCAUUGAUUGGAAGCUCACGCCACAGAAUUUUGAAGGGUGUCAUAUUUGCAAUGUAUGUGCGUGUGUGUGUGCUAGAGUGUGCAUGAUGUUGGUCUGUCUCCGUACACACACACAUGCGCGCGCUUACACAAACACAAAACAGUACAGACCAUCCCUGAAACUCAAUGACCUAUAAUAUGUACUGUGUUUGUUGGUAAGCAUUUAGAUGAAUGUAGAUGUUGUCCCUCCUGCAAAGACACUAGAUGACUGACAUUGGAUUAAUGCACACUGCCAACAGAACAGAAAGUGCUCUGUGGUGUGUUUGUGUAUGUGUGUGAGUUUGUGUAUGACUGUAUGUAUACUGUGUAUAGGAAAAGGAUAUAGUAAUUUGAUAGACAGUGCUAAAUGUCCAGUGUUUCUACUUGGAGUCAUACUUAAGAGAAUCUUGCAGUUUGCACAUCAGGAGGAGGGAGAAAGGUGGAGACAUAAUUUUUAACGGCCCUGUCCUGAAACGAGCCCUAGACCAUGUAACACACUGGAGGAGACCAGGGUUUUUGUUCCUCAACAGGCACUUGUCACAUUGUAGAGGAAAAAAAUUGUCAACGCAGUUAAGGUCAAAUAACAUUUGAGUUUUUACGAACAUAAACAUAGCUGUAAAACAGAAUUUUAACAUGUGCCUGCCUACUGAAUUUACUGACUUUAGUUAAAGAUACACCAUUUGUAGUGUCUCUGAAGGACAAUUGAGACUUUUCUGUUCACUUUUUCUGCUGUUGAAGCCAUGGUGUAGGGACUAGGGUUCAGUUUUAAACACUGCUUGUGCUUUCAGCCAGCUGAAACCCUAUUUUUCCUAAGAUGUAGCAGUUACCUCAACAGAUGUGCUUGCUUGGUUGUUCCAACAUUUAGAGCUUUGUAAGCAGCGCUUUGUAAGUUGACCACCCUCACAGGAUCUUUCUUGCAUAUGAAACCCCAAGUUCAAUUCUUUUCUUUCUGAACUUUUUCUUAGUUUUAGUGGGGAAAUGUGAAGUGUGUGCCACCUGAUGAUUAUACAGCAUAUAAAAAGGUUUAGUCUGUAUGUUUUCCUCUAACAUCAGUGUUACUGAAAUAUGCUUUCCAUUUUGACAUGAGUAAGUUUUUAAAUCUAAUAGUGAUGGUGGACACUAAUCCGGAUUCAAUGUGUUCUGAUUGUAUGGUGCCAUCAACAUGUAAUUGGUUCUCUCAUGCUGCAAGUAACAAUACUGUGUGUACAUGCACAGUAGUUUGAUUAGCAUAUGCAGGUUGCUGGCACAACAGUGUUAAGGAGGUGGAGGAGAAGUGGCUUCCUGCAGGCAUAUCUGUUGAGCUUUCUACUCAGCCUCUGUAUUUAGGUGUUGUUAUAUGGCAUAAAUAUUUUUUCGUUGGCAGCGUCGUCAGUUGCCUCAAAGAAGUGGAUCAGUCGUAUUUCCAUCCUACUGAUAAUAUAUCUGUGUGGGGCAAUGCUGUUUCAGGUGGUGGGAAUUUACCAGGUUGAUGGCAGGAAAUAUGUGUGUUCAGAUGGAUGAGAAAUGGAUGGAUAGGUGGCUGUGUAAAUGGGCAGGUGGAUGGGGUUUGUGAGUGAGUAGACCCUAAAUGAGAUUUGAAAAUGAUUUAUUUUUUAUAAAAUAGGGUUUCUCAGAUCGGCACCAUCGCAGUAGUGCAUUUUCAUUUAUUCCAUUUCGAAUUGAAGCAUCAUGAUCAUUAGUAGUUGAAAUAGGAGUCUGCGCGUGUCUACAUAUUUUGCAACCUGUGUGUGUGCGUGGCUGUGUGUUUUGUAAAUGUAUGACCGUGUUUUUUUAUUUUAAUUGUCUAACCCCGCUUCCCAACAAAUAAAAAAGCAGAACCACAACAUCUACACAAACCUGUCAGCCACUCAGACCAUCAAAACUUUUACAGUCAGUCAGGUUACAUACAAUUUUUUUUUUUAAGCAAAGCCAAGUGAUGCUUUGGUUACUUCAGGAAGCAAUAGUACGACAAUAUUCAGGCACUCUCCUCGCGUACGAGCGGAACGUACACACACAGAGUCAUUCCACUCUAAUUCUCUGCAAUAAACAUUUAAUAAUAGUCCUCUAGCAUUGCAACCAAAGCAACUCCCUUUUCUCCCAUAGAGAAAAUAUUAUCUUGUCAUAUCCUGAAAAAACUGAACUAGGCUUCAGUUAACACUAUCCCCCUUAUCAUAAAGUACAUUUAAAUCUCUAGUAAUUGCAGUGGCAACAACAGUUGCUAGUUUUUCAGGGAAGUGUCUCAAAUAUGCAGUAUCUGAACAUAACCCCAAAAACCUCCACUGUCCCAGCUGGUCAGAGUUAUAAACUCUGUUGUCACAGCUGUGGGUGAGCAUGAUAUCACAUGCACCUGAAGAAACAAGCAGACGUUUUGACUUCGCCCAGGUCUGCCUCUCGCCACGACUCCCGUAGUGACCUCGUUAACUUUGUUUCAGGUACCCAAUUAUAGCCAGCCAGCCUCACAAGCACCUCCUCCUGGGUCAAAGCAAUCGAUUAACCCUCAACAACCGUUAGCUACCUUUCAGUGUGGCCUGGCCUGGAUAUAGCAGGGCUGGGCUGAACUGCCUGUUCCCCCCUCGUAACGUCAUCUUUUGAUAUUUGGCCUCCUUGUCACUACUGGUUUAUACAGGUUAUUGUGUUUAUACUUCAAUGCAAAUGCAUUCUUAAUAAUAAACUAUGAAACAAAGCAAUCUGAAAUGUAGACACAUUGUGAAUGCAGGAGAGGAAACAGCACAGGCAAGGUUUCAACAUUUUUGAGGGUUUGGUUAGUUUUAAUUUUGUUAAGAUAAUCCCAAAUUUAACCUUUUUAUCCCUUUGAAAUGAUCCAUAAUGUGCAAUACUUAUAUUUUGUCCCUCCCCCUUUGCUGUGCCAAGUGUAUGUAGCAUAGUCCUACUCCAGUGUCUCAUCCUUGUUAAUGGCUUGUGUAUGUCUGUUGAUGUGUGUGUCACAUCUGUAAAACAAGAGUCAGGAUGUUUGUGAAGAGAAGCAAAACCAAUCGAGAGUUUGUCUGUAUCUCUCUUUCCCUAUUGUCCUUGCGGCCUUCCUAAAAUUUGAGUGUGUGAGAGACUGCGUCAGGUCUCGUUGGUGUGUGUGUGUGUGUGUUUGUGUGUGUGUGUUUGUGUUUGCACCAUAUGUUGUGUGUAGUAUGUGUGCUUAUGUACACCUGGUGUUAAAACGCGUGUGUAACGGAGUGUUUCCUCCUCUAAUUGUCUGUGAGAUCAUAAACCCUGACCCUCGAUGGUUCACGGUGAGACCCACAGAAAAUAAAGAAACCUCAUUGCUAGUGGGGACCACUUUUUGUAAAAAAGAAAAAAAACAAAGACAAAAAAAAACAACAACCAACCAACAGAGAUGCACAUGUAAGUAGACGUAAAAGACUUGAUAAUGUUUCAGCACUUUCUAAUCCUAGGAUGGACUUGGUCUAACCCCUCUGUCUAAGACCGAUACCUUCCCUAGGGGUAACAUUCAUUCAAAACAGACAGAGAGAAUGAGAAUGAAAAAAAAGAGGGUUAGUAAGGAUGAAAAAGAGAGAUGGCUCAGUUUAAGUUUUUGCACAUCACCUAGCCGUAACCUUGUGUUGAUCUGUCUGUGCUCCAUCUCGCUUGGCGCCCGGCGCGUUCUUGGGUCCAACGGGCCGAGGUGUUAGGUGGUUCCUUGGUUCUUUUCUAGGAAAACCUUUUCUCAUGGAAUGCAUCCCUUCUUUUGUUGUGUGUCUUUGGAAUCUUUUCCACCCUACACCAACCAGGCUGCACCGUUAAUUAGGUUUUUUUAAUUCACAUUUUGAGUUCUAAUUUGGCGGAUACAUUUGUAAGGAGCAGCUUGGUUUGGUCGCGUGGUGUGAAAACGGUGCGUACAAACCUUUGCUUUGUUUUGCAUUAUCUUUGGUGCAGGAGCUUUUUCUGUGUUUUGGGUCUCCUUGUAGCACUCAAUAUAAUGUCAGGAGACUUAAAACUAUGUAGAGAAUGUGUUAUUGUUGAAUUUUUAUGACAAGCUUCCUCACUCGAGGAACACUGCUAAUGUUGUCUUUUUUUUUAAAAAUUGGCUUCUUGCACAAUUUUACAAAUAAAAUGAAUGUUGGUGUGUGAGCUUUGACUUUUCGAUCAGAAAAAAGGCAUGCGUGCUCUUUGUUUCUUGAUGUUUGUACUUUCAUUUUGCAAAAAGGAUGUGUUUUUGGCACUUUGUUGUGUUUUAAAAGUGAACAGAAUUCGAUCAGGAUUCCUUUUUUCUUUUGUCUUUUUUUGUAUGACGUCAUCAAUGUCCAUAGCGCUGGAUAACCAACUCAGGCAGAAAGAAAAAAAAACUUGUAGAGGCCCACUUAACAGUUUAGUUUCACCCCAAUCAAUUUACAUUGUGGGCUGUUUCAUAUGGGUUAUAAGAUAUGUAAAUGUAUUACAUAUAAUUUGAUAUGAUUAACAAAUGUCAUUAUUGACAAUUAACUAUGAAUUAUUAUUAUGAUAUUAUGUGUAUUAUGCCGGAGAUGGCUUGGAUUACUCUUCAGUGUACUGAACGUCUUUGUUUUGCCUCUCUUGUGCAAGGCAACAAACACUUCAGCAGGGGACAGGCUGUAUGGUUCAUGACCUCUGACCCUGCCCACUGCCACAGGGGGGGGGAGGGUGGAGCUUAUCUGUCAGCUGUGGCUCAUUUGAUUCCUCCCCUUUUCGGAACACUCAGCCUGAGGCUAGCAACCGGUCUGUCUAGAUGUUUCUCUGCUAACCUGUGACACCAAGUACUGAACUGAAACUCUUUGGCCCAUGAGACGGUGGCAGAGAACCAGACAUCAGCACAGACCUCCACAGACAGUCUGGCCUGCAGGGGGCUGCAAUAGUUCCCAGCCAACUUGUCUGUACUAUAUUGUACUCACCAAGUCCCUGUGUCUCACCACCCCUUUCCUGUAUAGCAAUGGAGAAACCCUGUUGGUGUAUGUAUUUGACAUCUGUACAAAUGCACCUCUUUGAAAAAGAAAAUGAAACCUUGACAUAUCUGGAAUAAA